CUCCCCUGCUACGAACACCCCCUGUUCAGGAACUCGCCAAGAAGGAGAGACAGUGAUUGGGGAUAAAAAAGCACGCCUCUCACCGUGCGAACACCAACCAACCAACCAGAGCCUCGUCCUCGAGUUCUCCGUCCCACGAUUCAUUCUUCGCCUUAUCACCCUCCGUUUUUCGCACUCUGCUUCAUCUGAAUUAUGGAUGGCGAGUUGAAGCCGAUGGAUGCGGAGCAGCUGAGAGAGAAUGCGCACCGGAUGGUGGAUUUCAUCGCGGAUUACUACAAGUCCAUUGAGAGCUUCCCCGUUCUCAGCCAAGUCGAGCCUGGCUACUUAGGUAAACUUCUUCCAGAUUCUGCGCCUGACCAUCCUGAAUCAUUGCAACAAGUUCUUGAAGAUGUACAGGCAAAAAUAUUUCCUGGGGUGACCCAUUGGCAGAGUCCAAAUUAUUUUGCAUAUUAUCCUUCUAACAGCAGUAUUGCGGGUUUUAUGGGAGAGAUGCUCAGCGCUGGCCUCAACAUAGUUGGCUUCAGUUGGAUUACUUCCCCUGCUGCAACAGAACUUGAAAUUAUAGUUCUGGAUUGGCUCGCUAAACUUCUCAAUCUGCCUGAUGACUUCCUUUCAACAGGACCAGGUGGUGGAGUAAUACAGGGUACUGCAAGUGAAGCUGUUCUAGUAGUUCUAUUGGCUGCUAGAGAUAAGUUCUUGGCCAGAAUAGGGAAAAGUUCCCUUGACAAGCUUGUUGUUUAUUCUUCUGACCAGACCCACUCGGCCUUGCAAAAAGCAUGUCAGAUAGGAGGUAUCUAUCCAGAGAACUGCAGGGUUCUAAAAACAGAUGCUUCUACCAACUACGCGCUCUCUCCCGAUUUACUUGAUGAAAUGAUUUCUCAGGACAUAUCCACUGGUUUAGUUCCCUUCCUUUUGUGUGCUACAGUUGGUACUACUUCUUCAACAGCAGUUGAUCCCUUACCUGCACUAGCAACAGUUGCUAAGAGAAAUGGAAUGUGGUUCCAUAUUGAUGCUGCAUAUGCUGGAAGUGCUUGUAUUUGUCCUGAAUAUCGGCCUUACAUUGACGGUGUUGAAGAAGCUGAUUCAUUCAACAUGAAUGCACACAAGUGGUUUCUCACAAAUUUUGAUUGCUCAGCACUCUGGAUAAAAGACAGAAAGGCGUUGAUUCAGGCCCUUUCUACCAAUCCAGAGUUCCUAAAGAACAAGUUGAAUCCACAUUCUUCUGGAACUGUUAUGCUCACUACAAGAUGGAUAAGAUGCAGACAAGACUAUCUGCAGGCGUCACAAGCAAACAUGGUUCUGGACUACAGAGACUGGCAAAUUCCUCUUGGGCGUCGUUUUAGAUCACUGAAACUUUGGAUGGUUUUACGGCUGUAUGGUGUACAAAAUCUUCAGCAGUACAUCAGAAACCACAUCGAGCUGGCCAGACAGUUUGAAGAUCUUGUCAGCCAAGACCCUAGAUUUGAGGUUGUCACCCCUCGAAUAUUUUCAUUGGUCUGUUUCCGUCUUCUCUCUCCUGACAAUGAUGGAGAUAAAGGAAACAAAUUGAACCGCGAUCUAUUAGAUACAGUAAACUCAACUGGGAAAAUCUUCAUUUCUCACACUGUUCUCUCGGGUACAUACAUCUUACGGUUCGCAGUUGGGGCUCCAUUGACAGAAGAGAGACAUGUUAAUGAAGCAUGGAAGGUUCUGCAAGAUGAGGCAUCUAAGCUGCUGGCUACUAUUCAAAAUAACUAGGAUGUAUUUGUGCCAUAAUCUCAGUACUGACUCCAUUUAUGCGGUGACUACGAGGUUUCUCUUUUACUGGGAGAAAAUUCAUCAGGCAACUUUCUUUGACAA